AUGGGGGAGCGAGAGGCUGAGUGCGAGGGGGAGAGUUCCAUGGUCGGCGCAGUGGUUCCGGCGGUGAAGCCCAGGAACGCCGACGAACCGAGUAUCAGUCACCGGGACGAGGCGACGCCGUCGGGAAUGGAGCCGGAGCUAGACAAGGAGUUGCUGUGUCCGAUAUGUAUGCAGAUCAUCAAAGAUGCAUUCCUGACUUCCUGCGGCCAUAGCUUCUGCUAUAUGUGCAUCGUCACUCAUCUCCACAACAAGAGCGACUGCCCUUGCUGCUCCCAUUAUCUCACCACCGCCCAACUCUACCCUAAUUUCCUCCUCGACAAGCUAUUGAAGAAGACAUCUGCUCAUCAGAUUUCAAAAACUGCAUCUCCUGUAGAGCAAUUUCGUCAUUCAAUAGAACAGGGUUGUGAAGUGUCGAUUAAGGAGCUGGAUGUUCUAUUGACAAUUUUGGCAGAAAAAAAGAGAAAGCUGGAACAGGAAGAAGCAGAACGAAACAUGCAAAUUCUACUCGAGUUCUUACACAUGUUAAAGAAGAAAAAAGUUGAUGAGCUGAAUGAGAUACAAAAUGAUCUCCAGUACAUUAAAGAGGAUGUAAAUGCUGUGGAGAGACAUAGAAUAGAGCUGUACCGGACAAGGGACAGGUACUCUAUGAAACUACGAAUGCUUGCAGAUGAUCCUUUGGGGUCAAAAUCUCGGUCUUCAUCAGUUGAUAGGAAUGCAAUUGGUCUUUUCCCCUCCUCCCGUUCUGCACAUGGAGGAUUAGCAUCUGGGAACUUGAUGUACAAAAAAAUGGAUGGUUCCCAAAGGAAGGAUGUUUCUGUCACUGAAUUGAAUUCACAACACAUGAGCCAAUCUGGUCUAGCUGUUGUGAGGAAAAAACGUGUACAUGCACAGUUCAAUGAUCUGCAAGAAUGUUACUUGCAAAAGAGACGCCAGUUGGCAAACCAGUUACAAAAUAAGGAAGAGAGGGACCAAAAUGUUACGCGAAGAGAAGGUUACACUGCAGGUCUGUCAGAAUUCCAGUCUGUACUGAGUACAUUCACACGCUAUAGUCGACUAAGAGUUAUUGCUGAGCUAAGGCAUGGAGAUAUUUUUCACUCAGCUAAUAUUGUUUCUAGCAUAGAAUUUGAUCGUGAUGAUGAAUUGUUUGCUACUGCUGGAGUUUCACGACGCAUCAAAGUAUUUGAUUUCUCUUCGGUUGUGAAUGAACCUGCAGAUGUGCACUGUCCUGUUGUAGAGAUGUCAACUCGAUCCAAGCUUAGCUGCUUGAGCUGGAAUAAGUACACCAAAAACCACAUUGCUAGUAGUGAUUACGAUGGAAUAGUGACUGUCUGGGAUGUGACUACGAGACAGAGUGUUAUGGAAUAUGAGGAACAUGAAAAACGGGCAUGGAGUGUCGAUUUUUCUCGAACAGAUCCCUCAAUGCUUGUAUCCGGUAGUGAUGAUUGUAAGGUUAAAGUCUGGUGCACAAAGCAAGAAAAAAGUGCCUUUAAUAUUGACAUGAAGGCAAAUAUAUGUUGUGUGAAAUAUAAUCCCGGAUCUAGUUUUCAUGUUGCGGUUGGCUCAGCAGAUCAUCACAUCCAUUAUUAUGACCUGCGAAACACCAGCCAACCAGUCCAUACUUUCAGUGGCCACAAAAAAGCUGUUUCAUAUGUAAAAUUUUUGUCUAGCCACGAGCUUGCAUCAGCCUCAACCGACAGCACUCUGCGACUAUGGGAUGUAAAAGAUAAUUCACCUGUUCGUGUAUUUAGAGGGCAUACAAAUGAGAAAAAUUUUGUCGGUCUCUCGGUGAACAACGAAUUCAUUUCUUGCGGCAGUGAAACCAAUGAGGUUUUUGUCUACCACAAGGCGAUCUCGAAACCCGUGACUUGGCAUAGGUUUGGUUCCCCAGACGUAGACGACGUGGAUGAAGACAUAACGUCUUUCUUCAUCAGUGCAGUAUGCUGGAAGAGUGAUAGCCCUACAAUGCUAGCUGCUAACAGCCAGGGAACCAUCAAGGUGCUGGUGCUUGCUGCCUGAGUUGUGAGUUGUAAUAUAGUGGUUAUAGAGCUUGAUUAAAGUUAAAUUACAUCCAAGUAUUGUUCCCAAUGAAGAAAUUCAUCAUUGUUUUGUAGAUAUGGGCGAGCCAAUAUCUAAAAUCUAAAAUAGAAACUUGUUUAGAAUGAAAAUUCAUAAUCCCCUAUUUAUAAGUAUAAUCUAAUUAUAGUACUGUAAUUAAUUACGGAGUACUCGUUUGAUCUCAUUCACACGAA